AUGGUUAUUUCAGCUAAAGGUGAGGUACCAAGAAGAAUUGAGAAAGAUGGGAAAGUUCAGGCAAUGGUUGUAUGCUUCAUUCUAGGACUUGGGUCUCUUAUUAUUCUAAACAACAUGUGGACUAUGGGAGACUAUUACUAUAAAGUGUUCCCUAAAUAUCAUCCCGUGCGAGUGUUCACCAAUGUUUAUCAACCAUUUGCAUUGGUGGCCACAUUGAUAUUGGCUCACUAUGAGGCAAAUAUCAGUACCCGGAUGAGGAAUCUGGCGGGAUAUACAAUUUUCUUCGCCUCUUCUUUGUUGGUUCUUAUUUUAGAUCUAGCGACAUCUGGUGCUGGGGGAAUUGGACCUUAUAUUGGUCUAUGCACAGUUUUUGCUUCUUUUGGAAUUGCACAUGCACUUGUCCAAGGGGGCGUAACUGGUGACCUCUCCUAUAUGUGUCCGGAAUUCAUCCAGUCCUUUAUUGGUGGAAUAACAAGCGCUGGAGCAAUAGCCUGCGCAGUCAGACUUUUCACAAAAUAUUAUUUUGAACAAUCGGAGAACGGGCUUCGCAAAGGAGCUUUGCUAAGUCUAGCCAUCUCAACAUUCUGUGAGCUUUUGAGUGUUCUAGUAUAUGCCUUCUACUUUCCGAAAUUGUCUAUAGUUAAGUAUUAUCGUUCAAAGGCUGCUUUAGAAGGAGCAACAACAGUUGCAGCUGAUCUUGCUGUUGCCGGCAUUCAGACAAACCCACAUGCCGAAUGUGAUCCUAAUAAACAAGAGCGGUUAAGCACUAAGACGCUGUUUCUUCAAAACAUUGACCAUGCAUUUGCCUUAUUCCUGAAUUAUGUCUUGACCCUAUUUAUUAUGCCCGGAUUUUUGUACGAAGAUACCGGAUCGCAUAGCCUAGGAGAAUGGUACCCACUUGUUUUGAUCUCUGUGUACAACAUCACUGAUGUGAUUUCAUCCUACAUUCCCGUCUUCAAGUGUUUGAAAUGGGAAUCUAGAAAGGGAUUGCUAAUCACAUCUCUUUCUCGAUUCUUGUUGAUUCCAGCAUUUUACUUCACAGCAAAAUAUGGUGAUCAAGGAUGGAUGAUUCUUCUGGUAUCAUAUUUGGGAUUAUCCAAUGGAUAUCUCACUGUAUGCAUUUACACAUUGGUCCCUAAGGGGUACAAGGGUCCAGAGCAGAACACUCUGGGCAAUUUGCUUGCUCUGUGGCUUUUAAGCGGUAUACUUGUUGGCGUCUCUCUUGGUUGGCUAUGGACAGUUGGAAAAACAGAAAAAGUCGGAUGA